AUGUCUGUGCAUCUGCACCAGAUCGACAAUUGUCUGAAGCGCACGGCCGCAUUCGUAGCCGCUUUUAAUGCCCUCAUUCAAUUGGCAAAAGCGCAUGCCACGCGAGUUCAGGUGCCAGCUGUGACUGUCAAGUGCAGCGGGCGAUUCGUGGCUGAGUUCAUCAAGACUAUGCCAUUCUGGGAGCAUGUGUACGCUGCACACCAGGGCGAAUUCGUGUCCCUGGUCAAGGAAAUGCAAAAGGCAACCAAGGUCGUUCAGGCGCUUUGCUCAGAGGCAAAGAGCCGGAAGGCGAUGAACCUUACAACCAAGGUUCCAGCAGUAAAACGAGUCCUGGAAAGGUUCAUUUUUGUGAUCAAGGCUUUCUUCCACAAGGUAAAUCGGCCAGAAGCGUUCUGGAUGGGCAACUUGAAGCACAAAAAUCUCCAAGGCCAGCAAAUCGCAUCACAGAUAGAGGCUGAAACCAGGGUGGAAGACAGCUUGUCUGGCAGCUCAACAGAUGCAAGCGAUACUGAGGAUGGCAACAGUGAAGACUCCAUGCCAGUGCAUGCUGCAUCGACGCGAUUUCAGGCUGGUGCAUGCGAUGAAGAAGGGAUGGAUGAGGACACCAGCGAUUGCAUUUGA